GUAUACUUGAUGCGUGUGGUUAUACCGUAUAAAAGGGGUGGGCAAACAAGUCAAGCGUGUUUGAGUGCGCAAUGGCAACAUUUGGAGCCGCCCAGGCGGCCGCUGCUUCCCCUGCAAUCCUGAAGAGCAGCGAUCAGGUCACGCGUUUCUCUCCAUGGAUAACAGCGCGCUUGGAAUUGGAAGGGUGGCGGGGGGCCAACGAGAGGUGCGCGAGCAGGGGCAGCCCCGACGCCAGCAGCUGGUGGAGCCCCGCCGCGACCGCCGCAGGCGCAGGGCCCUGCUGUGAGGCCCGGGAGCAGCCGCCCCAGCCCCAUGCCCAUGCCCAGACCCCGCAUCAACAGCAGCAGCCAGUGGAUGCCGCUGCCGCCUGCCCGUGGCUGCCGGCCUGCUCGCGCUGGUCGGUGACGGCGCCGGGGCACCUGUCCACCGACAUUGAAGACCUGCAUGAAGCGGCGUGUGGCGGCGGCGGCUCGGGGACAUACGACGACCCGCAGACCGGCUUCAUGGUGUUCACGGCGGCUGCGCUGUCGAAGCGCAAGUCUUGUUGCGCCAACCGCUGCCGCCACUGCCCCUUCGGCCAUUACAAGGUGCAGGGCCCGCGGCCACGUGUCAAUCGUCUCACGCAGCCGGCGCUGCUGCAGCCCAGCCCCGGGACGCGGCGCGUGGCGGCCUCAGGCGCAGGCGCAGCAGCACCAUCAGGUGGUGCUGGUGCUGAGUCGGGCCCUGAGGCGGGUGUGACCCUGGUGGUGUAUGAGGGAGAUGCGGCAUCGGAGGCCCUGGCACGGAUGAUGGCGGGCGCGGUGGCGGCGGCGCCGUCAGCGUCGCCCGCGGCGGCGCGAGGCGUGGGCUGUCUGCCGCAGCCUUCUGCGCCGUUCGUGGCUGGCCAGCGUCUGGCGCUCUUGGCGGCGUUUGACGUGGACACUGGCCGGCUGUGGGGCCCCGCCGGCGACCCAUCCACCGCGGCCGCCGCGGCGGCACUGCGGGCAGGCAGCGGCGCCGACUCUGACGCCGACGGCGGCAGCGGCAGCGGUGGUGACGUGGGCGCCGCCAUGGAUGCCAGCCUGCGCGACAACCUCGACCUGGUGGCGGUGCCGCUGCAGGUGUCGGGCCGGUCCUGGCAGCGAGACCCGGCCGUGGCGGGAGAGGCGCUCACGCACGUGCUGACCACUGCCGCCCGGCUGAUGCAGGUGGACCGUGUGGAGCGGGUGGUGGUGUCUAGGCCAGAGGACGGCACCCCGGCACUGUUCGCACCAGGCACACGUGGGUGCGUGGCAGGCGGCUGGGAGGCGCUGGUACAGCGGGCCAAUUCGCAGCUGCAGCAGCAGCAGCGUUAGCAGGCGCACAGGCGAGGUUGCAGGAGCAAUCCUUAGAGAUGCGCCCAACUGCUUAGGCUGCGGGCCAAGCAGCUGCAGUCCAUUCGUGAAAUAUUACAAGCCCUGCUUGUGCAGCAGGCCGCAACUGAGCGCUGACAACUGCCAUAGUUUUGUUGAACACCUGCUCUUUUUCCGGGCACGGGCUCCGACGGAAUCCACGGAGAUACGGCAUGUACUUUGGAAAUGCCAAAUAGAGUGAUCCUGCGACGGGCGUACGCUUUAGAGUUCAAGGACCUGGGGACUGGAAACGGGUACAGCAUCAGUGAAGAUGUGAGCGUGCGUGUGGAUGAUGGACACGGCACAGACCUUUCUUCCUUUUUCGGGCAACGUUUGUUCUUGUGAUGCUGGUUGCACUGGUGCGUCUGCUGUUCGUGCUCCUGGACCUCUGGUGCGCAGUGCGAGUGACUGGCUGAGUGAUCAAGGAAGAGUUGUGUUCAUGGGGGGGGGGGGGUCCUGCAAGAGAGGGAAGGAGCAGGAUCAGGCAGGAUGAUUGGAGGGGGAGUAUAAAUUACUGAGAGGCAUGGCUGUCUAAUGGAGCUGAUGUAUGCUAUGCUAUGGCUUCGGACCCCGGACUUGAAUGGGAGUAAUGAAUGCGGCGCUGCUUUGUCCGGGCGGCCGCCGCUCAUACCAUGCUGCCGUCACACCUUCCUAUGCCGGUAUGAGUGCACACCGUCAAACGUUUUUGGGCUAUGGGUAUCUUGCACAUACACAACGCGGUGACCGCGUCGGAGCUUUGGAUAUACGCCGACUGGAGCGUUGUGGCUGGCGUUCACUGCGUGUGGGUAUUCGGCGGUUCAGGCAGGACGUUGGCUGGGGCCCUAGGCGGCCUUUGAGCGCUUGGUAUCCUGGGCGCCUUGCAGUGCUAAUUAAAUGUACGGUACACCUGCGUGCAUAAAGUUCUUUUGCCGCGGGGAAUGAACGCGCGUCAAUCGGGGCCGUGAGUAACAGUAUGAGGGCCCGAAAGUAUAACAA